UGACGUCGUUUACGUUGAGGCAUUACCAGGCCGGGAAGCAUGGCAGACCACCACGACCUCCCAUUUAAAGCCGAAUAUGCAAAAAGUAAUCGUGCAUCAUGCAAAAAAUGCAAAGAACUCAUUUCCAAAGACACUCUGCGAUUGGCAGUAAUGGUUCAGUCUCCACAUUUUGAUGGAAAGAUUCCAAACUGGUUUCACUACAAGUGUUUUUGGACAAAAGCCAAAGUUCUUGCUGCCCAUGAUAUACAUGGUUUUGAUGCACUGAGAUGGGAUGAUCAGAAGAAGAUCAAAGACCACAUAGAAGGUGGUGGUGGUGGUGAUGCAGCCCCAAAAGGCGGCAGCACUGCAGGGGACGAUGCUGCAUAUAAAGAUUUUUGUGUGGAGUAUGCCAAGUCAAACAGGAGCAAGUGUCGCGGAUGUGAGGAGAAGAUUGAGAAGGAUGCAGUGAGGAUCUCCAUGAAGGAGUAUGAGAGUGAACGUGCUAAGAUGUAUGGGCCUCAGGACAGAUGGCAUCAUGUGGACUGUUUUGUUGAGAACAGAGAUGAGCUGCAGUUUUCAUCUGACAUGAACCCAGACAAAAUCCCUGGAUACAAAAGCUUGAAGAAAGAAGAUAAGGAGAUGGUGAAAGAGAAACUUGGAGCAGGGAGCAGUGGGAAGAAACGGAAGGGUGAUAAGAAGAAGGAAGUACCGAACAAAAAGGCAAAGAAAGAGGAAACAGAAGAAGAAAAGGCAUUAAAGGAACAAAGUGAAAUGAUCUGGAAGAUAAGAGAUAAUUUACAGAAGGCAGUUUCCAAUGUGGCUUUAAAGGGACUCUUAGAUUAUAAUGAUCAACAGAUUCCCUCUGGAGAGAGCAAGCUUCUGGACAAUGUAGCAGAUUGUAUGGCAUUUGGAGCUCUGAAGAACUGUCCAGAAUGUAAAGAAGGACAGUUGGUUUACAGCAGUGAUGGCUAUAAGUGCACAGGAAACCUGAGUGCUUGGACCAAGUGUAUGUAUGUCACCAAAAACCCUGCCAGGAAAGCCUUCAAAAUUCCAACAGAGUACCAUGAUGUAGAAUUCCUUAAGAAGUACAAGUAUGUGAAGAAAGAGAGAGUCUGGCCAAAGGUCAGCGUGGUCACCACAGAGGGUCCUAUCAGCUCAUCAGGGGUUGCUCUUGGGACUGAUAAGCCACUCCACAACAUGAAAUUUGUCAUCAUUGGUCGCACAAAGAUGUCUAAAGAUGCCAUAACUAAAGCUGUGAAUGCCAUGGGAGGGAUGAUAGUCUCAAAGUUAGACAAAACUGUGGCUGCCUGCAUCAGUAGUGAAGCUGAAGUGCAGAAAAACUCCAAGAAAAUUCAAGAGGCUAAAUCUGCAGAUGUGCAUGUUGUUUCUGAGGAUUUCCUGGAGGCUGCUAAGAAAGGGGGAGCAGUACUAAUGAUCAAGGAAAAGUCAAUUUGUGAUUGGGGAUCAGAUCCAGCAUCAAGACUUGGGGAUGUCGUUGAUGGUCCAGUGAAGAGUGGAGGCAAGAGUGCUUAUGAAAAAUAUAAAACAAAGGAUUCUGUGUACACAAAGAAAGUCCCAGACAAGAUGAAAAUGAUGGUGAAAGGAGGAGCAGCAGUAGAUCCCGAUACUGAACUUGGUGAUACUGCCCAUGUGGUUGAAGACAAGGGUGACAUCUACAAUGCUGUCCUGGGUCUGGUGGACAUAGUCAGGGGCACAAACUCUUACUACAAAAUUCAAGCUUUAGAAUCAGAUACAUCUAACAGAUGGUGGCUGUUCAAAGCAUGGGGGAGAGUGGGAACUACGAUUGGUGGAAACAGACUUGAUGUCUGUGGUUCCAAGAGCUCUGCCAUCAGCAAGUUUAAAGAAGUUUACCUAGACAAGACUGGUAACAUGUGGGAAGACCGGAAAAACUUUGUCAAAUAUCCUAAUAAAUUUUAUCCGCUUGAGAUUGAUUAUGGACAGGAAGAAGAAGAAAUUAAAGAAUUUGAGAAAAGGGCAGGAACAAGUUCAAAACUUCCCAAAGAAGUCCAAGAUUUGAUCAAGAUGAUUUUUAAUGUUGAAAGCAUGAAAAAAGCCAUGUUAGAGUUUGAGAUUGAUCUGAAAAAGAUGCCUCUGGGGAAAUUGUCAAAAAAGCAAAUUGAGCAAGCUUACAAGGUGUUGACUGAACUACAGCAGUUGGCAGAAAAUAAUGGCACUCCAGGUCAGUUUUUGGAUGCAUCAAACAGGUUUUACACACUUAUUCCACAUGACUUUGGCAUGCGAAAGCCACCACUUCUGGACACAUCUGAAGUUAUCAAGAAAAAAAUAGAAAUGUUGGAUAACUUGCUGGAGAUUGAGGUUGCUUACAACCUGCUGAAAAGUGGAGCAAGCGAGGACAAGGACCCUGUGGAUGCACACUAUGAGCAACUCAAAUGCAAAAUGGAGGUGGUUGAGAAGGAAAGCAAUGAGUUCAAGCUUUUGCAGGAGUACACCAAAAAUACCCAUGCUGCAACACACAACAUGUAUGACUUGGAAGUUAUGGAGGUUUUCAAGGUUGCCCGUGAGGGGGAGUAUGCCCGAUACAAACCAUUCCGUGACCUGCACAACAAGAUGUUGCUAUGGCAUGGCUCCCGUGUCACCAAUUUUGCUGGUAUUUUGUCUCAAGGCUUGAGAAUUGCCCCUCCAGAGGCACCAGUGACUGGCUACAUGUUUGGAAAGGGUAUUUACUUUGCUGACAUGGUCUCAAAGAGUGCCAAUUAUUGUAGAACAAGCAAAUCUGAGCCCCAUGGCAUCCUGCUAUUGUGUGAGGUCGCUCUAGGAAAUAUGCAUGAGUGCAGAGGAGCAGAAUACAUAACCAAACUACCAAAAGGCAAACAUAGCACAAAGGGCCUUGGUAUGACAAUGCCUGAUCCUAAAGAUGACUAUAAGACACCGGAGGACGUUAUUAUCCCCAAGGGGAAGGGUAUAUCGGCACCUAUUGGCCAAACCAGCCUUCUCUAUAACGAAUUCAUUGUAUAUGACGUGGCUCAGGUCAACAUCAAGUACCUACUGAAGAUGAACUUCAAGUACAAGUGGUGAAGACAUCUCGCACCUAGAUUUAAAAGGAGCUGAAUUUCAAAACUGAGAUGUGAACUUUUCUUGAUGUGAAGUUAAAUGCAGUUUGCGUACUUACUAGUUCUUUAUGCAUUGUGUUUUUUAUGAUAAUCCAGAACAAAUUAAAUUUACACCUUUUGAUUAUUAACAACAACCAAAAUUGCUUCAGGUAGA